AUGCUGUCCGUCUGGACAAUCUUGUGGUUAUGGACAACCCUCGCCGCAGCGCUGCCUGCGAACUUCCCAACCACCACCGACGGUAACGAGGUCUCGCAAGCGCUCUUCGAAUCCCUCGAAGAACUCGCUCGUAUUGUCGAUAUAUCCUACUGCGUCGGCACCAGCGGCAUCCACAAACCCUUUAAAUGCCUGUCCCGGUGUAGCGAUUUCGAGGGCUUCGAACUUAUCACCGCCUGGAACACGGGCCCCCUGCUGUCGGAUUCGUCAGGAUAUAUCGCGUUGAGCCAUGCGCCAUACGAGAAGAGAGUCAUCGUUGCGUUCCGGGGGACAUAUUCGAUCGCCAAUACGAUUGCCGAUCUGAGCACGAAUCCAGCGGAAUACGCGCCCUUCCCUGCGGAUAGUAACAACGACAGCGUCUGUACGAGUGAUGCUGGGGGCGAUGACAAGCCAGUUGGUGGCCAUGGCUACCAGAAUAUCAAAGAACCACUACUGCCACAAAUCGUCCAGCAACAACCGAACAAGGAGAAGAGGACCGUACUGGAGCCACCCGAGUGUCCCAACUGCACCGUCCAUUCCGGGUUCAUGACCUCCUGGCGCAAUACACGCUGUAUAGUCGUCCCGCACGUGGAGAAGGCACUGCGAGACUAUCCUGGCUAUCAACUGGUCUUGGUAGGCCACUCGCUCGGCGGAGCUGUUGCAGCCUUAGCGUCGCUUGAAAUGCAAGCUCGAGGCUGGGAUCCCCACGUAACCACCUUCGGCGAACCGCGCAUCGGCAACGCAGCCCUCAACCGAUUCAUUGACAAGCGCUUCAACCUGAACUCCACGGACCCAGAAUCGCUGAAAUAUAGGAGGGUGACGCACAUCGACGACCCAGUCCCCCUGUUGCCCCUCGAAGAGUGGGGCUACAAGAUGCACGCGGGCGAGAUUUUCAUCUCGAAACCAUCUCUGCCACCAGCGCGGGCAGAUGUCAAGCAUUGCGUGGGCGACGAGGACCCCUCAUGCAUCCAAGACGUCCCUAGUGCUGCAGCCAGCCAUGUCCUCGAGUCCAAUGGUACCGACAACACCAACCCGGGCGGCCCCUCCUCCGGCGUCCAGCACAUGUGGGAACUCGGCCGGCGAUAUAAGCUUUGGGAGCUUUUCUUCGCGCAUAGGGAUUAUUUCUGGAGGCUGGGCCUCUGUGUGCCUGGGGGCGAUCCUUGGGAUUGGAGCCGUGGAAAAUAUAACGUCACUGGAAUGGCAGUCGACAAUGGAACCCCUGAUGAGUUGUAA